AAUUACUGACCUAUAAUUGGACCUCUUGGUGAUCACUAGUAACCACGCAUGCAGAGACUAGGAUAUAUGAUUUCUUCGAUGGCCUUUGAAGGACUUUCUUCCUCUUCCUUACACUUUUCUUCUUCUUCCAUCCUAACAUGGAAUCAUGAUGUAUUCUUGAGUUUUAGAGGGAAAGAUGUUCGUCAAAACUUUAUUUCCCAUCUAUACAAAGAUUUGCAUCAGAGUGGAAUCAAUACUUACAUAGACAACAAUCUUGAAAGAGGAGAGGAAAUUUCACCAGAACUUUUCGAAGCUAUUGAAGGGUCAAUGAUUUCUAUCAUUAUUCUCUCUAAAAACUAUGCAGAAUCCAUAUGGUGCUUAGACGAACUAUUAAAGAUUCUUGACUGCAAGGAAAAAAUGAAACAAAUUGUUCUCCCAAUAUUCUUCGGCAUAAAUCCAUCAGAAGUACGACAUCAAAAAGAAGAUUUUGGAAAAGCAUUCACCCAACUCUCGAAGAGAAUCAAAGAUAACGUAAAGGUGCUGGAGUGGAAGGCAGCUUUGAAAAAAGUAGCCGAUUUGUCUGGGUUCCGAUUAGCGAGCUUCCAGAAUGAAUCAGAACUUAUUAACACAAUAAUUCAAUGGGUGGACUUAACCAGGGUAAACCAUACAUCUUUACACGUAGCCAAGUAUCCAGUUGGAAUAGAGUCUCGUAUACAGGAUGUUUAUCAGCAUUUAAGUAUGGGAAGGAAUGAUAUUACAUGCAUGAUUGGGAUAGUUGGAACUGGUGGAAUCGGUAAGACAACUAUUUCAAAAGAGAUCUAUAAUAUGAUUUCUUCACAAUUUGAAGAGAGUUGUUUCUUGAAAGAUGUUAGAGAAACUUCAAAGCGAGCAGGUGGUCUAAUUCAGUUGCAAAAUAGACUUCUUAAUGAAAUCUUAAGAAUAAGUUUGGAUGUUCGUGAUAUUGAUAGAGGAGUCAAUGUGAUUCGGCAUAGACUUCACUCUAAAAGAGUUCUCCUCAUUCUUGAUGAUGUGGAUGAGUUAGUCCAACUAGAAAAUUUAGCUGGUGAUCGUAAUUGGUUUGGUUUAGGAAGUAGGAUCAUCAUAACAACAAGAGAUAGACAUUUACUAAAUUACCCUAAAGCUGAUUCGUUAUACAAGGUGGAGGUAUUGGACGACAAUGAAGCUCUUCAACUCUUUAGUUGGCAUGCUUUUGAGAAAGAAGAACCGAUUGAAAAUUAUGUGGAACUCUCUAAACAAGUAUUGCAAUAUGCUCAAGGCCUUCCACUAGUUUUAACAAUUUUAGGUUCGGAUCUAAAAGGUCGAAGUUUACAUCAAUGGAAAAGUGCCUUGGUUAAGUAUAGAAAAACUCCCAACAGAAAUAUUCAGAAAGUACUUCAAACAAGUUAUGAUGGGCUGGAUAAUAGUGAGAAGGAUAUGUUCCUUGAUAUUGCAUUUUUCUUUAAAGGAGAACUCUUGGCUAAUGUCAUAAAAAUAUUUGACAGUUGUGGUUUUUCACCAGAUGAUGGUAUCAACAGGCUUAUAGAUAAGUGUCUUGUUAAUGUUGAUAAGAACAAAUUGUGGAUGCAUGACGUGCUACGAGAUAUGGGUCGGGAAAUUGUUAGACUACAAUCACCCAAAGAACUUGGCAAACGCAGUAGAUUAUGGUAUCAUGAGGAUGUUCGUCAUGUGUUUGAAGAAAGUAUGGGAACAAACAGAGUUGAAGGUAUAGUAAUAGAUUUGCCCCCUGGUGAAGACAUGAUAAACUUGGAUUCUGAUGCGUUUGUAUCAAUGAAAGGACUUAGAGUUUUUAUAAAUCGUAAUGCACAUUUUUCUGAGGGACCUAAUUAUCUCUCUAACGAGUUAAGAGUACUUGAUUGGCAUGAAUAUCCUAUGCAAUCUUUACCCCCCAAUUUCAAUGGAAAGAAACUCACUGUCUUUCGAAUGCGUGAUAGCUUGAUCAUGGAGUUAGGCCAGAGAUUCAAGAAAUUGAGGACUAUGGAUCUCAGCUAUUGUAGUUUCUUAACAAAAAUUCCAGAUCUUUCAAGUGCUUCAAAUUUGGAGGAAUUGAAAGUCAAAUAUUGUGCAAGUCUAGUUGAGGUGCAUGAUUCUAUCGGAUUCCUAGAUAAUCUUUCUUCUUUAUCUUUUGAAGAAUGCCCUAACCUAUCAAUAUUUCCAAGAAGCUUGAAGUUGAGAUCUUUACAUAUGCUUCAUCUUAAUGGUUGCGAAAGCUUUCGUAAUUUCCCUGAAAUUGAGGGUAAAAUGGAAAAUUUACGUACAUUAGGUUUAGAGGGCACUGCAAUUGAAGAACUACCUUUAUCCAUAGGGAAUCUAGUUGGGCUUUAUUAUUUAAAUCUAUGGAGCUGCAAAAAACUUGUUCGUCUUCCAACUUGCAUUCUUCAAUUGAAGCAUCUACGCAGACUUUACAUUGAUGAUUGUCAAAAUAUUUUAAAUUUUGGAAAGAUGGGUGAUAACCGACAAGUGGUUCUGGCUAUUGAGUCUACAACAGUGGAAGACGAGAUAUCGUCAAGUGAAGAAAAACUCCAUGAAUUGCAACCUUCAGCAAAUUCAAGCAAUGGGAGCAUUGUAUUACAAGUGUUGAAUCUUCCAAAUUGUUCCCAAUCAAAUUUCUUUCCAUUAUCAAAUUUCUUUACCAUGUUUAAUUCCUUGCCCAUUUUGUAUCACUUAGAUUUGUCAAAGAGUACAAUUGUUAGCCUAAUUCCCACUAGAAUCAAAGGAAUUGUCAGACUGGCUAUACUUGACCUGAACGAUUGUAAGAGAUUGUUGGAAAACUAACCUACUUUCUUUGGUAUUGUAUUCAUCUUAAAUAGAAAUUACAACUAUGAGUACAGUUAUAUACAGCUAA